CCGGCUUCCCUCACACGACCCGCGCUUGUCGGAAUCGGCAGGUCGGUGUCGCCGGAGCCUGAUGGGACAGAUGAAUCCUGAUCGAUGGCCUAAAAAUCGGGCACUUCUUCAGCGACUAUGCUCUCCAUGCCCUUAUGAAGAUACCAGCUUCAUUUCAAUACGCGCUGUUCUUUAACGUCGUUACAGUCUUACUGUUUUAUCGGUGUUCGGUAAAUUAGGGUCACCGCAUUAUUCUGGCGAUAUUAUAUAUUGCAGAUUACGACAUUGCCUGGUUGGUGUGGUGCGUCCCAGGUUUAAGACAUAACGAUGGCGAGCCAUCUACAGAGAUUUAUCCGGCUGUGUCAGUACCUGCAGGACCCGCACCUUGUUGCAAAAUUUCAGCAGAUGUGCGGCGUUAAGGGAACCUUCCCCGGGAAAGCAACCGAAAUAGCUGGACAGGAGGAGGAAAAGCUGCAAAACGGCGACUGCAUCCUCCAUUCCGCGGACGCAGAAACGGGUGGUCUAAGCAAGAGAAAAGACAUGACAGGCUCCGGGAAGACGGCCCUUAUGAACCAGGUGAACCCGGUGCGUGACGCGGAGGAGGCGGCGAUGCGAAGCGCGCACUGGCGGCUCUCUGCUGCACCGGGCAGCGGGAAAGAAGAGGGAAAGGAGGCGGCGUGUGAGCUGUCAGAGCAGAAACAUGAAUCCCGAAGCACGGUUAAACCGCUGCGCAAAAACUCUCUGACUGGAGAUGUCGGACAGGAGUUCAUCAUCGAGAAUAAGUUUCUCUUCUACCUGUUCACGUUUGGGACUGAACUGGGCAAUGAAAUGUUCUUCAUCAUUUUCUUCCCUUUCUUAUUUUGGAACAUCGACGCCUAUGUGAGCCGGCGCCUGAUCGUGGUCUGGGUCUUGAUCCUAUACCUGGGUCAGUGCGCCAAAGACCUCAUCCGGUGGACGAGGCCGGCCUCUCCGCCGGUGGUCAAGGUGGAGGUGUUUUACAACACGGAGUACAGCAUGCCCUCCACCCACGCCAUGACGGGGACCGCCCUGCCACUUUCCCUCUUCCUGCUCACCUACGGCCGAUGGGAGUACCCCUUCAUCUUUGGCCUCAGCUUGGUCGCUUGCUGGAGCCUCCUGGUCUGCGUGAGCCGGAUCUACAUGGGGAUGCACUCUGUCCUGGAGGUCAUCACUGGCUUCCUGUACAGCCUUCUGAUCCUGGCUGUGUUCCAGCCGCUGCUGAACGCCAUCGACCACUUCUACCUGACGCACCGCUACGCCCCCCUCGUCAUCGUCACCUCGCAUGUGGGGCUGGGCCUGCUGGCCUUCAGCCUGGACACCUGGAGCACGUCCCGCAGUGACACCGCUCAAGCCUUGGGCUCGGGGCUGGGUGCAGCGCUGGCUUCCCGCCUCAAUCACCUGCUGGGCCUGAUGCCCGACCCAGCCCUGUCGCAGCUGCCUCUGUCUGCCCCACCCCUCAACGUCGCCCUGCUGGCCAAGUCAUUCCUGCGCCUGGUUCUGGGUGUACUGGUGCUGCUGGCUAUGAAGGCGGUAAUGAAGGCCGUCGCCAUCCCCCUGGCCUGCCGCAUCUUCGGGAUCCCCGGCGACGAUGUGCGCACGGCCCGGCAGCACGCUCCGGUGGAGCUGACUUACCGCUACAUGGUGUGCGGCACGUUGGGCUUCAGCUGCGUCUUCCUGGUGCCUGCCUUCUUCAGCUGCCUCAACUUGUCCUGAUGUUAUGCCGCUGGCUCCGCCCAUCCCCUACAAGAUGGGGCUAUUGCACACAAAGUCAAACAAGUCACACCUGACUUCCUUUUAAUUGUGAAUUCUUCUGAAGUUCUGCUGUUUCUUGUUGGUUUGCUUUAAUGACAAAUAUGGUUGCGUUCAACCACAAUUGAGUUUCUAUGGGUUCUGGUGAUUCCUCCCUGUACUGCUGGCAUGGCUGCCUUGGUCUGUCUGCACCAUGAAAUGGGGGAGGGGGAAGCAGGGCUUUGUUGCUCGAGAUGCGCUGCCCUUUCAGUGAUUGACCCGCGCAGCUUAGUUGUUCCACCAGUUGAUAUUUGACCCUAAUCAGGUCAAACCUGUUGUGAAUUAUCCUACUAUGCCAAACAGGACCUACCAUGGACACCCAUGGCUGUUUUCUGAUGAUGCAUGAAUGACCCCCCCGCCCCCGCCCCCCCGGUACGAUAGGAUAAACUGUGAUCAAUCCCAGGGGGAAAUUACUGAAUUGCUUAGCUGACCAUGCGAUUUGAACAGGCCACCUUUCGGUCACAGGCCCUGGGCCCCAGCGCACUGACACACACCUGGGGUGUCUCUCAUACUUCACUUACGCUACUACAUGUUGAGAUGAAGAGUAUAGUGUUACUGUGAACUGUGCUCUGUGCAGCUCCUGUACUCCACUCUGAUCACUCUGUGAUCCUUAUUCUGCACCUAGACCCUCCUCCCUCUUCAGCUCAGCUCAUUUUCCUCGGUUUGAUAUGAAGGUUGGCUAGGUGACAUUACCAGGAUUAGUCUUCUGUAGUUGUGUGAGCUUAGAAGUUUGGGAGGUCGGUCUGCGACCACAAACAUAUUGACCUAAGGAAUAUUUUUGCACCAGUCUUCACUAUGAAAGCAGAGUCAUUGGUGCUUAGAAUGAAUGAAGGAACAUUUAACAUUUAAGCCCCACCUGGAUGAUGUGAUGGCAGCCAUUCUGCACCAGUACGCUCACCACAGAGUAGCUAAGGUGGAGAAGGUGCAGGAGAGAAUUCACCAGUGAGAUACAGGGGAUGAUUAGGAGGCCAGAUUUAAAAGGGCCACAGUGGGCAGUUUAGCCAGGACAUCGGGGUACCACCCUUACACUUUCAGAAGAUGCCCAGGGACCUUUUAUGACCUCAGAGUCAGGACCUUAGUUUUAUGUCUCAUCCAAAGGACAGCACCAUUUUUCAGCACAGUGUCCCCAUCACUGCACUGGGGCAUUAGGAUCCACAGUGACCACAGGAUGGGCUAACCUGCUGGCCACAGUGUCCCCAUCACUGCACUGGGGUAUUGGGACCCACAGAGACCACAGGAUGGGCUAACCUGCUGGCCACACCAACACCCCUUCCACUAGCAACCCACUUUCCUAAUUGGUCUUCCAUCAAAGUGCUGGCCAGGCCCAAACCUGCAUAGCUUCAGGUGGAUGACCAGGUCUGAACUGCAGGUGGUGUGGCUGCUAAAGAUCAUUAGGGAGGUCAUUAGGGGAAGGUGGAGGAGGUGCCUGGCAGUUUCUUGCAAAGGGUUUCCAAAGAAAGGUUAGUAUUGAACAUAGACUAAGUACUGUGUGACUUCAGGAUGACCCUGCAUCACCUUGGUAUGUUCAGUGCUCAGCCUGAGAAGAUGAAAAGUCUGAAGCUCACGUGGGGGUUCAUGUGGUCACCUUGGACCAGACCCAGACUUUUUUACGUCUUAUAAAAGUCCAGGCACAAAAGUCUUAUUGUUAGUAGACAGUCUCGUCAACAUUCAUUUAUUGACUUUUGCUUCAUAAAUAUAAUUUUUUCUUCUGUGUUCCUAUUUUGAACAGUCCCCCCACCCAACCCGAAAAGACUAUUCAAAACCGUAAUGUGUACGUAGUGUGUUAUUUUAAACAUCUGUGGCUGAAAAUGACGUCAAACCGUAGACUUUGCCUCAAAUUGUGUUUUAACCUGUUACUAUUCUUCAUGAAAGGAAAACUGAAGUAGCCUAACUGCAUGCUAAGACCUUCAUUAGUUCCAAAAGCCUCAAAGUGUUGGUUCACAUCCAAUGUUUUAGUGCUAAAAGGAAAACAAUCUGUUUGUAAUCGUGUGUUUGACUUGUUGAUGUAUCUGGUGACCACUUUAAGCCUUCCGCCCUUUGUGGACAACUCAGUAUAUGUUCAAUCAGUGUUUAUCCCUUGAACAGAGACAUCUCCUCAGACUGUCUUGACGGAGAGAUGGAGGUCAAUACCGAUGUGACGUGGAAGAAGAGCCGAAAUUCUUACUGUGUUCGUUUCGAUUGUACCUCAUUAUUCUACAUACCUUUGUGCCUUUCUUGGUCCUGGCCAUGAAAUUCUGCAGUGAACUGCAUUAUGAUGUCAGGUGAAAGAGUGUAAAUGCCAUUCAUUACGCAAUCCAGCUAAAACAUUUCUGUACAUUUAUUAUAUGAAAGAAAAUGUUUGCUCGGUAGCCAUUGUGCUUCAAACCACAUUUGAAAAUGUUUGUCUUUAUUUCACAAUAAUGUUUGUAUUCGUUACAGGAUUAUUUACCAAUAUGAAUAAAAAUUUUGCACAUUA